AUGGGACAAAAACGUAGCAGAGAAACUCUGCCCGCGGUCUUGAGGACGAAGACGAAGAAGCAGCGGAAGAAGCAUGCUGCAACUGUCACUCAGGCAAAAAAUUCGUUUGAGCUGCUUCCAGAAAUCGCAAAUUCACCAAAAUCCGACCAUGAUAUAGUGUUGUUAGAUUCUUCGGGGGAGGAUGACUACGACGUCGUUGUAGAGUCCGAUGAUGAUAAAAGCAAUGAUGAGAGCGAGCCACCGCAGAAAAAACAGAGGACUGGAUUUGAAGACAACGAGGAAAGUGAAGGUGAAGGUGAUUCUAGGAAUGAACUAAUAAAAAAUAAUGACUUCAUAGAGUUCGGGUUCAGUCUGUCUGAAAAUGAAGAAGAGGACUACGGAGACUAUUCCGAUGAUGGCCUUCUUAGCGAUGAUAAUCUGGGAUCAAGUCAUGCUCAUCGCAAGUCAAAACCAGCAUUUCCUUGGGUCAAGGGCCAUGAUCACCUGAAGCAGAAAGAGAUUGCAGACUGGCUAACACUUGAAAUUAAGGAUUUUGUAAACUACAUUUCUCCAUCCAAGGAGGAAAUUGUGAUUCGUAACACUGUUAUCAAUAACCUUAAGACAAAGAUUUCCGAGUUUUGGCCAGCUACUCAAGCUCAUGUGUUUGGAUCUUGUGCUACAGAUCUCUAUUUGCCUGGUUCAGAUAUCGACAUGGUUAUCAUUUCUAAUACUGGGGAUUACGAGCAAAGAUCGAGAUUAUAUCAGCUUUCAUCGUUUCUACGGACGAAUAAACUUGCAAAAAACAUUGAGGUGAUCGCUACUGCUAAAGUGCCCAUCAUCAAAUUUGUGGACACAGCAUAUAACAUUCAUGUUGAUGUUUCCUUCGAAAGAACAAAUGGCCUUGACGCGGCUCGCAGAAUUAGAAGAUGGUUGGACUCUACUCCCGGAUUGAGAGAACUUGUGCUAAUAAUCAAGCAAUUCUUACGUUCAAGGAAACUCAACAAUGUCCAUGUCGGUGGUCUCGGUGGAUAUGCUACAAUCAUCAUGGUCUAUCAUUUCUUGAAACUCCAUCCGAGAGUGUCAACCGACAACAUGGCGGUGAUGGAAAACUUGGGUACAUUGUUAGUGGAGUUUUUUGAAUUGUAUGGUCGUAACUUUUCUUACGAUAAUCUAAUAAUUUCCAUUGACCCAACGAAUGAUAGCCCGAGGUACUUGUUGAAGUCCAGGAACCCAGUUUUAACUGCAGGUAGAGGUCAGUUUUCCAUUAUCAUUCAAGACCCUUCAGAUCCGGCAAACAAUAUCACAAGAUCUUCCUAUAAUCUCAGAGACUUGAAGAAGGCUUUUGGUGGUGCGUACCAGCUUCUUAUUGAUAAGUGUUACGAUUUGAAUGGAGCGUCGUAUAAGAACAGAAUUGGCAGUCUGAUAUUGGGAGACAUCAUCAAAUUCAAAGGAAAGGAUAGAGAUUUCAAUGAUGAUAGAGACAAGGUUAUCAACUCUGCUCUUAUUAGUAACGAGAGUGAAGAUGAAAGCGAUGGGGCUGAUGGCAACGACAAGUACUACUUCUCUGAUAUGACUGCUAGUGAAGAUGACACAUUUGUCAACGUCGAAAUGGCACCAAAGCCUAAAAUGGCCAAGAAAGCUGUCACACCAAAAGCAUCGACCACUGCCAAGGUUGCCUCCUCAAAGACCAUUUCCAAGGUUCCUGACGGGCCAAAAAUAGAAGUCGAGAAUAAGCAACAAGUUGCUGACUUCAUGAGCAUCGAGGAUUCAGAUGACGAAGCUCAAGAUAAUGGCGACGAGAAACUUUCCAAGUCUAAUUUGGACAAGGAUAUCAAAAGAGAGUACUGGCGUCAGAAGGGGCUCGAGAUUUGA